AUAUAAAUACAUACAUACAUACCUGUAUAAAAAAUCUUGCAGGCAAGUGUGCAGAGUCACUGGCGCAAGUGCAACAAUAGCAAAAGCAAAAUAACAAAAUAACGUAGCCGCUCGCUCGCUACAAAAGGCCUACACAGGCAGCGACGACAAGAGUUGAAUAUAGCCAAGCGACCAGCGAUCGAACAGCCAGUUACAUAUUUAGUUGCGCCGCGACACCCAAAGACUGCAGACGUGAUUGUGCAUAUAACGAGUAAAUAAAAAUAAAAUUAGUGAUAUUUAAAAACAAAAAAAUCUAACAGAGGGACAGAAAAGUGUAAUCAAAAGAUCCUCGCUGGCAAAUAAAAGUUUUUUGCAUGCAAAAAUAGUGACGUGAUCCCGAAGUAACAAAAUAAGCAACCAAAAAAAAAAACACAUUUUUUACAAAGAUUUUCCCCCUUCCUUACACUUCACUUUCGCUUCAAGUGAAAAAUGCUUCGCCACUUGGUGCGCUCUGUGCUUUUUGCGCCACCUGUGCAAUCAUCCGUGGCUGCCGUCGCAUCAGGCGCCCGGCAUCUGAACACUGCGGCCACUGCACAGCCCACACAAUCUGGCCUCAAUCAUCCAGACAAAUUUCUCACCUACAGCGAAGAGGAAGGCUACAUCAAACAAUCGCAUUUUGACCCAGUCGAGGUGCUCAACAUCACAGUGGACAAAUAUGUGUGGCGAGAUAUAAAGAAUUAUGAAAAUAACAUUGCGGCGAUGUGCCUGAUCAGUGGGCGCCAAUACACCUAUGCUCAGCUGCGCGACUGUAGUGCUGCCUUGGCCGUACGUCUACAGACCCGAUUUAAGCUUGCAGCUGGUUCAACGAUUGCGAUUUGCUUGCCAAACUUGCCGGAAUACCCGAUUGCUGCGUUAGGCGCUGUGGAAGCAGGUCUAACGGUGACUACAGUGAAUCCCAUCUACACAGCUGAGGAAAUUGGCCGCCAGUUACAGCUCAGCGAUACCAAGUUCGUUGUGGGCACCACUCUUGGCUAUGGUGUCAUCCGGGAAGCUUGUCAAUGGGCAAAGAAGGACCUUCCCAUCGCUGUGAUACGCUUCCAGCCCGACGAAGAACUUCCCGCCGGCGCUAUUGAUUUCUUUGAGCUCAUCAAGCCGCAAGGUGUGGACUACACGCAAUUGAAGGACUACAACGUGGAUCCCAACAGCAUGGUCUUUCUGCCCUUCUCAUCGGGCACCACCGGCCUACCGAAAGCUGUACAACUCACACACAACAAUAUCACCGUUAACGGCGACCAACUGGAAAUGGGCCUAAAGCUACGAGAAUCCGGCAGACAGGAGGUGCUGCCAGGCAUACUGCCGUUCUUCCACAUCUACGGUCUCAACGUGAUUAUGCUCUCGAAGCUGGCGAUGGGCGCCAAGCUGAUAACAAUGCCGCAAUUUAGGCCAGAAGACCUGAUCAAGGUGUUGUACGAGUACAGAGCGACGAUCUUAAACGUCGUACCGCCAAUGGCGCUCUUCAUGAUUAACCAUCCGAAGCUGACGCCUGAGAUUGCACCCGAGCUGAGAUAUGUGCUGAUUGGCGCAGCGCCAAUUUCUGAAAGCGAUAUCGAGCGCUUCCUGAAAAAAUUCCCACAGAAGAAACUCUUACAAGGCUUCGGCAUGACCGAGACCUCCCCGGUAGCCUUGAUGGUGCCAACUAACAACGACCACAUCGCCUCCGCUGGCGUUCCGGCACCCAGCACCGAGGCUAAAAUCGUCGCAACCGAUGGCAAGAGUCAGAAGGGGCUGGGUCCCAACACUACCGGCGAGCUUUGUGUGCGUGGCCCGCAAGUAAUGAAGGGCUAUCUGAACAACGACGAGGCCAACGCAGACAUUUUCUUCGCCGACGGUUGGCUGCGAACUGGCGAUAUCGGCCACUACGACGACGACGGCUACUUCUACAUAACCGAUCGCAUUAAGGAGUUGAUCAAAGUGAAGGGCUUCCAAGUUCCACCCGCCGAAUUGGAGGGCCUACUGCGUGAGCACCCGAGUAUCUUAGAGGCAGCGGUCAUUCCAGUACCCGACGAGGUGGCCGGUGAGCUUCCGCGCGCUGUUGUGGUGCUGCGCGAGGGCGUUCAGGCCACCGUGGAGGACAUCUACGACUAUGUUGCUGAGCGGGUGGCGGAGUAUAAAAAAUUGGAUGGUGGCGUUGUGUUCGUUCCUGAAAUACCCAAGAAUCCAACGGGAAAGAUAAUGCGAAAAGAACUAAAGAUGCGAUACGCAAGCUAAGGACUAUUAAGUAAGGAGACAUUUGUAUUUGUUAUUUUAUAGCUCAGUCGUAAGUUAAGAAGAAAGUUCCCUUAUACUAAGUUCCCAUGACACAUAAUUCGGUCUCCUAUUUGUAAUUGGCUCUCAUUCUCAAUUACGUAAUUCACCAUUCAAAAUUUCGAGAGCGAAUUACCUCAUUUGUAGGUAAUUCAGAUCCAAUUACCAUGCGAAUUACGAACAAAUCGCUGCCGUCUCUAAUUUUAAUUGGAAAUUUAUCGAACUCAGCUGUCAGAGCAAGAGAGAAUGGAACAAAUCAAAACAGAGAAAAGAAGGAAAUGAAGGAAAAGCCCAAUGAAUUGAAUUGUCAAAUCGAAUUUGGAAUGAGUCGUGUGAACGGGGUAAUUCUUCAGAAGCGAACAACGUAAUUGGCAGUGCCCGUGGGGACAUAGUAUUAAAAUUUGCGAACCAAAUUUCUAUUUAAAUUUCU